AUGCAUCCUGCACAGGUUGUACAGGUGAGCCUGGUAGUAUGGAAGGACCUGGUGGUUUACCGCGUGCGCCGGCGGCUGCUGUCCAGUCUGCUGGAGCUGAGCGCGCCGGUGCUUCUCCUGGCGCUGUUCUGGUGCACGUCGGCUGCGCACCCGGACACCGGCCGGGUGCGGCUGGACGCCGGCGCAGCUGGGCCGCGCCGAGACCCGUGCGACGCGCCGUACAAGGGACGCAGGCUCGCCUUCGCGCCGAAGACCAGUCCUUACGCUCGGGAGCUGCUGCUCAGGGCGUUCCCGGAGCUGGCGGCAACCAAGGAGCUGGAGGGCUUCGAGAGUAGGCGUCACGUCUUGGAGAAAGCCGAGUCCGGUACUCUGGGCGCAGACGUGGUGGUGCUUUUUGACGGCAUCGAAGAGGCUAACGGCGGGGAGAUGAACGCUCCCGGGGACCUCAACUACACGCUGUUGUUCGACGAAGCGCUGCCUCCGCAGAGAUUCUCCUUCCGGUGCCCCGGACCGCGAGCCAUCGACGAGGAUCAAGAGGAAAUGCUUGCCAGUACUCUGUGGCCUGUUCAGUGUCGACUGAACCGAGCCCACUUGGAUCUGUAUGCAGAAACAAGGAAAGUAGAGCCGAGGCCACCCGUUAUGAAGAUCCGCAUGAAGCGUUUCCCUCUGCCCUCGAUGGUGGUGGACGUGGGUGCGUGCCAACCGCUUUACCCCUGGGUCGCGCUAUUCUUGUUCGAGGUCGGAUUUCUGCCGCUCUGCCUCAACUACCUGUACCGCUUCAUUGAGGAGAAGAUCAACGACAAGAGGGAGUGGAUGCUUAUUCAGGGUCUGCGCAACGGCGCCUUCCUCUGGGGCAAAGGUGUCGCGUGUUUCGUGUUCUCUUCGCUGCCCUGCCUGGUUGCCGUGUCGGUGCUCACGUGGCCUCAUCCUCGCUUCCUGUUCACGGCGCUGUCCUACUCGGAGCCGAGCGUGCUGUUCGCCGCCAUCUUCCUGCCCUAUGCUGCGAGGCUGGCCGCUUCCUGCGUGCUCUUCGGCACGCUCUUCAUGAAUCGAUGGGCUUGCGCCCAUGCGUUCACGCUCUGGUGGCUCGUGGGAGCCAUCCUUGCCAUGGACUUUGAAAUGGAGUUCAGGGACUUCUGCAUCUUCGCGCUCUGCGUCUUCAUGCCCAACUUCUGGCUUACCUUCGCCAUGCGUGCAGUGUGGCACACCGAAAGGAAAGGUGUGGGCCUCUCGUGGGCGAGUUUGAGCGAGAUGGGCGGCUGGCCGGUGACGGUUUCGUCGCCGCUGUCGCUGGUUUUGCUGCUGGCGCUGGUGUGGUACCUCGACUCCGUAUGGCCCUGGCCCGACAGGAUGCGCCGAAAGAACUUCCAGUUCAUACUCCAGGACGAGUUCUGGCAAUUGUCGCCAGACGCUGCCAACAAGAGCCAGCCGCCCGACAAACACUGCUGCAGCAAGGCAGGUGAACCUGCGGUAUGCAUGGUGAACGUCGCGAAACGCGUGGGGGACCUCAAGAUGGAGCACCUGUCCAUCGACUUCAUCCGAAAUAACAUCACGGUCAUCUUUGGUCACAGCGGCUCCGGCAAGAGCACACUCAUCAAGAUGAUUUGCGGAAUUUUGCACCCGGAUGAGGGCAGUAUCUACGUCCACGACGUGAAUGUACAGUACUCGCUGCCCGAGGCGCGGUCCUUUAUCAGCUACUGCGCUGAGAACAGCACAUUGUUCGACUUCAUGACGGUCAAGGAGCAUAUCCAGCUGUCGAAGUUGUUGAAUGCGUCGAGCCCGUCUCCGGCCGCGCGGCGCGAAGUGGACACCACGACCCUGCUGCAGAACAUGCGGCUGUCCGAUUACGCGAACACCUGCAUCAGCACGCUUGCCGUGGGAGUGAGGCGCAAGGUGGCACUUGCCGUGGCCCUGUCUCGACCGGCCGAGGUGCUGGUGCUCGACGAGCCGACUUCGGGCAUGGACGCCAUCAGCCAGGCCGACGUGUGGAAGGCACGCCUGACGCCUGUUGUUCCUACGUCAGCGUACAGUGAUACGGAGCCCUUGUUGUGGAUUAUGCGUCGGUCGUCAACGAUCAUCGUGACGACAAACAAGUCAGCCGAAGUGGACGUGCUGGCCGACCGCGCUGUGGUGUUGGCGCGAGGUGUCGUCCAGCUCAACGGCGACGUCGACAACCUGCACAGGGACCUCAGGCUGGGCUACCGCCUCUGCCUGCUUCGGCACGAGCGCGCCUCGAGCGAGGCGAUCCACGCGCAUCUCCGCUCGUGCAUGCCCGACAUCCGGGUGCUGUCCGAGAUCGGGCACGAGAUCAUGCUGUACCUGCCCGGCGUGACCGUGGCGAGCGCACGGGAGUUGGCCUCGUCGAUACGCCACGAGCAGCACCGCCUGGGCCUCACGCACGUCGGAGAGCCCUACCAGACCAUCGAGGACGGCGUCAUGAGGAUUUGGGGCCGCAUUCACCAGCCGGCCUACACAGCACCUUCCAGCCCUGAUUACACGAAGGAAGCCCUGCGCCUUCAUCUCGAGCGCCCCGAGGCUCCGCAUCUUUGCUGGUCGGUGAAGCGUCGCUUCGUGGCCAUGAGCACCAAGAAAUUGCGGCUGCUCUGGGCCCGCUGGCGUACGCUGCUGCUUGCCUCCCUGGCCAGCGGGUUGUUGUUCCGCGUGCUGUACGAGUCGCUCGCCGACCGCGUCGCGUCGCUGGGCGAGACCCACGCCCUGGUGCGGCUCGACGCGGCCAGUGUGGGACUCGGGGCGUUCGUCAGCGACUGGCGGCCGAGCCCCGAGUUCGCGGGCGUCGUGAUAAGGUCGCUGCUCGACGACAGCGGCGUCGACCACCGACUUCCGCUGGACGAGGAGCCCGAACAGUACCUGCGCUCGCUGAGCGCGCGAGAGUGGCGCCAUCAGGGCUGGGGCAUUGAGCUCCACGCCGGUGGACCUGGCCCAGGUGGGCUCGCCGGCACGGGCAAAAAAACGCUGUUCCAAGAAGCGACAAUUCGCAGGGAACGUAUUUCUGGCAUCUUUUUUUUUUUUUCAUGUCUGAAAACGUACUUCGCCGAGCACUAUAGGUGUACUUUCUCCUUAUCUCUAUAGUUACAUAUUAUUUAUUUAUUUCCUGACGGCCAUCGCCGCCAGUAACCCUUUCUGACGUCCUCCUGUUGACCAAUUAAAACUGUUACGCCAAGGAUGACGAGGUCGGUUUUGACAAUGAUCCAGCUGUCGAGACAUUGGACAGACUGUCGAGGCUUCUUGGCCAGUCCCUUUGUAUUCACAGAAAUUCACAGAGUGUUUACAUUUGCCGGCCUAUGAAAGUAGAAUUGCAUUUUAUCUAGCUUCCGCUCAACGCAAUUCCAUAAAUUCUUAAAGAUGCCUUGUCCCGGUGCGGGAAACCAUGCAACCCACCGCCCUUUACGUCAGUUAGCAGCCAUUUAAUACCGCCCAUUCUGCUUAAGUGAAAUACUGCACCAACGUUCCUGGC